ACCUCUUCUUUCUUCUUCCAGGAACCAGCUGGUGCGGAGCAGAGGGCGGAGUUGAAGACCGGCGACUCUGGAACUGAAGACCGGCGACCGCGGAGCCAUGGAGCAUGGAGGAUCCACUUCAUACAAUCUCCGCCGUACACUGAAUAGGAAUUCAAGACACGGCCAGAGCACUGAGAGAUAUCAGGUAUUGAUGUAACUGGAGUGAAUAAGGGAACCUUCUUCCUGAGCACAGACAUUGGAGCCUGUUAUCAGCAUGAACUCAUAUGUGUUAGAUAAGCACGUGAAUAGUUCAUAUCUAUCCUUCACUGAAGGAAGCAUCAGAAUGAUACCGCAAACUCUAAUAGUCUCAGACACCAAUGACUAUUCACAAACAUUGGGGAUAUCACAGCAGAUAUUUAAAGAAGAUGGUGAAUCGUCAGGAACAGGGCAGCAAUCAUUAUGUACAGAGAGUAACUUAGUCAUCAAACAAGAGGACAACAUUUAUGCCUUAUCUAGUGAAAUUAUUAUCCCCGAGGAUAAACCACACACAUUUACUGAGGCUUCAAAACAUAUUAAAGAAGAGAAAAGUCUACAGUCUAGCCAAAUGAUUCAUACAAAGGAGCAACCUUUCAAAUCUACAGAAUGUGAGAAAAGCUUUAGAUGGAAGUCUCCUCUACUAGAACACUACAAAAUUCACACAGACAAACGCGUGAAUAGUUCAUAUCCAUCCUUCACUACAGGAAGCAUCACAACGAUACCGCAAACUCCAAUAGUCUUAGACACCAAUGACUAUUCGCAAACAUUGGGGAAUUCACAGCAGAUAUUUAGAGAAGAUGGUGAAUUGGCAGGAACAGGGCAGCAAUCAUUAUGUACAGAGAGUAUGUUAACCAUCAAACAAGAGGACAACAUUUAUGAAAUUAUUAUCCCUGAGGAUAAACCACACACAUUUACUGAGGCUUCAAAACAUAUUAAAGAAGAAAAAAGUUUACAGUCUGGCCAAAUGAUUCAUACAAAGGAGCAACCUUUCAAAUCUACAGGAUGUGAGAAAAGCUUUAGAUGGAAGUCUCCUCUACUAGAACACCACAAAAUUCACACAGGUGAGAAACCACACACAUGUACCUGGUACGGCAAAUGUUUUACACAAAUUAAUUAUCUGAAAACUCAUAAAAAGAUUCACACAGGAGAAAACCCUUUCACAUGUACAGCGUGUGGAAAAUGUUUAAUACAAAAGAGUGAUCUGAAAAAGCAUGAAAGGAGUCACACAGGAGAAAGGCCUUUCACAUGUACAGAGUGUGGAAAAAGUUUUAUACAAAAGGGUGAUCUGAAAACUCAUGAAAGGAUUCACACAGGAGAAAAGCCUUUCACAUGUACAGAGUGUGGAAAAAGUUUUACAGUAAAGAGUAGUCUGAAAAAGCAUGAAAGGAUUCAUACAGGAGAAAAGCCUUUCACAUGUACAGAGUGUGGAAAAAGUUUUACAGAAAAGAGUAACCUGAAAAUUCAUGAAAGGAUUCACACAGGGGAAAAGCCUUUCACAUGUACAGAGUGUGGAAAAUGUUUUACAGAAAAGAGUAAUCUGAAAACUCAUGAAAGGAUUCACACAGGAGAAAAGCCUUUCACAUGUACAGCGUGUGGAAAAAGUUUUACAGAAAAGAGUAACCUGAAAAUUCAUGAAAGGAUUCACACAGGGGAAAAGCCUUUCACAUGUACAGAGUGUGGAAAAUGUUUUACAGAAAAGAGUAAUCUGAAAUCUCAUGAAAGGAUUCACACAGGAGAAAAGCCGUUCACAUGUACAGUGUGUGGAAAAAGUUUUACAGAAAAGAGUAACCUGAAAAUUCAUGAAAGGAUUCACACCGGGGAAAAGCCUUUCACAUGUACAGCGUGUGGAAAAUGUUUUACAGAAAAGAGUCAUCUGAAAACUCAUCAAAGGAUUCACAAGGACAAACAUGUCAAUAGUUCAUAUCCAUCCUUCACUACGGGAAGCAUCAGAAUGAUACAGCAAACUCCAAAAAAUGUAGACACUAAUGACCAUUCACAAGCAUUGGGGCUAUCACAGCAGCUAUUUAAAGGAGAUGGUGAAUUGGCAGGAACUGGACAGCAAUCAUUAUGUACAGAGAGUAAUGUAUUCAUCAAACAAGAGGACAACAUUUAUGCCUUAUCUAGUGAAAUGAUUAUCCCAGGGGAUAAACCACACACAUUUAAUGAGUUUACAAAACAUUUUAAAGAAGGUAAAAGUCUACAGUCUAACAAAAUGAUUCACACAAAGGAGAAACCUUUCAAAUGUACAACAUGUGAGAAAAGAUUUAGAUGGAUGUCUCAUCUCAUAGAACACCAUAAACUUCACACAGGUGAGAGGCCAUACACAUGUACAGAGUGUGAGAAAAGCUUUAGAUGUAAGUCUCAUCUCCUAGAACACCACAAAAUUCACACAGGAGAGAAGCCACACACAUGUACUGAGUGUGGCAAAUGUUUUAUAAGAAUAACAGGCCUUAUAGCUCAUGAAAGGACCCACACAGGGGAGAAACCAUAUAGUUGUUCAGAGUGUGGAGUACAGUUUACCCAAAGGUCCCAUCUCUUAGUACACGAAAGAGUUCACACAGGAGAAAAACCUUUCAUAUGUACAGAAUGUGGGAAAAUGUUUUCAAACCAGUCAACUUUGCUAGCACACCAACGUAUUCAUACAGGGGAAAAACCUUUUACAUGUGCAGAGUGUGGGAAAUGUUUCCCACAGAAGACUGGUCUAAGAACACAUGAAAUGAUUCACACAGGGGAGAAACCAUUCACAUGUACAGAGUGUGGAAAAUGUUUUAAACAAAAAAGUAAACUAAAAACUCAUGAAAGGAUUCAUACAGGAGAAAAGCCUUUCACAUGUGCAGAGUGUGGAAAAUGUUUUACACGAAUGGAUCAAAUGAAAGCUCAUGAAAGGAUUCACAAUGGAUGAAACCUUUAACAUGUUUAGAAAAGGGAUAAAGGUUUCCUUGCAAGUCAGGUAUCAGAACACACCAAAUAUGUACUUACAAAAUAAACUUUAUAUACACAGUGCUAAACCAUUUUCAAAAUUGCCCUAAAGAUGACAAAUUCUCUAAAUUAUAAAUAGAAGCAUCAAAAAAGGUGUAUCCUGAAGCUCUGUGACUCUGGAAUGCCAGGGUGAAUAAUGUGUGUGACAGUUCAAUAAAGUGUUAAUUUUGUGUUCAGGAA